GUUAAUAGCCACGGACAUAAGUGACAUAGUACUACAUUGUAGUCAGAGUUUGAGCCACUUCAAGUCUCGCUCCUUUCUCCGAGUUCUAUUUUAUUGUCUUUGGUUUUUGUCUUUGGAGGGAAAGCAUCAAAGGGAUUCAUCAUGUCGACUGCUACAACUUCUAUGAUGGACAGGGUCCGCGAGAAGAUGCAAGCGCUGAAGGAUAAAAUCGAAGAAGCGGAGGAAAGAGAAGCCAUGGCGAAGGCCGAGUUGAAGGAUGCUGAGACGAGAGCAUACCAACAUGAAUCGGAUCUCGACUCGAUGCAAAAACGAAUGAAUUUAAUAGAAAAGGACCUCGAGAAAAGUCUCAAAAAUCUGGAUGAGAAGAAAUCAAGGUUGGAGUCGCUGGAAGAGAAACAAGAAGCUGAUGGAGAAUGCGUGAAAGAGCUCGAAGGUGUGGAGUUGGAAGGAGACGAGAGGCUCAACGAACUCGAGGAGAAGUUAAAGGAAGCGACUCAAGAAGCUGACCAAUACGACCAUCGGAAUAUAGAAAUCAUGCAAAAACUACAACAGACCGAAAGCGAGCUCGAGAAGCAAAAAACUCGUGCUGAUGCUGCAGAAGUGCUGUUAGAAAAGCUCCAACAUACAGUCGAUCAAGCUGGAAGUCACAUGAAAACACUGGAAGAGAAGGACAGCAACGCUUCUGUUUACGAGGCUGAGGCCGAAGAAAAAAUCGCCUUCUUGCAAGAGCAGCUCAAAGAGCUCCUAUCACAAGCCGAGGACACCGAAAGAAGGUGCGCCCCACUAGAACGACAACUGGACGAGCAGAGUGUCCAAAUAGAGGAAUUCCGAAGAAAGAAAGUUGAAGUCGAGAAAGAAAUGGAAGACAUGGCAGAGUUGGUGGAACAAAAUCUUGAAUAAAUUAGUGAACUAUCGCAAAAAAUGACAAGAGACUUUACUAACUCCUUAGACUUUAGACAGAUUUUUUAUUGUACUUUUAAUAAUUAAACUGACCCUAGAGAGAUCAGUCAGAGGCAUGGAACCAUGUUGCUUGACCCAGAAAUAGUAACGCCAAAUGUAAUUUCCAUUGACUCAUUUAAGAUUAUGUAUUUGUUUAUAAGAAUAAAAAAUUAAUUAUAAUUAAUUGCA